AUUCUAUAUCUCGUCGGUGAUUAUAUUUGUCUUCUGAAUUAAACGCGCGUUUAUAUCGACGAAGCACGAACCGUUACUGCAGCAUUGGCUCCUGUAGGGGGCUCUUCGUGUUCAGGAAUCAUCAUUGUCAUGCACGUAUUCUUGCCUUCAUAAAAUGUACUUCAGUCUGUUUGGUUUUCUUACCUUUCUUCUUUUAUCCGUGUAAAUUUUGGAACAGCGACAAGUGGCAUGGCCGAGUUGCUUUUAGAUCCAAACAUUCGGGGUUGGGUGUUCCUGCCUAUUGUGGUAAUUACGUUUCUUGUAGGGAUUAUCCGUCAUUAUGUUUCGAUACUGCUUGCCUCACAGAAGAAGGUUGAACUUCAUCAAGUACAAGACAGUCAAGUGAUGAUACGCUCUAGAUUACUUAGGGAAAAUGGUCAAUAUAUUCCAAAGAUGGCAUUUAUUAGCAGAAGACAUUUCUUUAAUAAUGAAGAAACAGGGUAUUUCAAGACACAGAAACGUGCUCCUGUAUCACAGAAUCCAAUAACAGAUCCCAAUGUGAUGAUAGAUAUGUUAAAGGGAAAUGUGACGAAUGUUUUGCCAACUGUGCUCAUAGGAGGAUGGAUCAAUUGGAUGCUGUCUGGUUUUGUUACUACCAAAGUGCCAUUCCCAUUGACAUUGCGUUUCAAACCAAUGUUACAACGCGGUGUAGAACUAGUUACUCUUGAUGCUGCAUGGGUUUCAUCUGCAUCUUGGUAUUUCCUUAAUGUGUUUGGAUUGAGAUCCAUUUAUACCCUUGUUCUUGGGGAGAACAAUGCAGCAGAUGCUUUUAGAAUUCAACAGGAUGCAGUGUCUGGUGCUGCAAUGUCUAUGCCACCAGAUCCAAAAGCAGCUUUCAAAUCAGAAUGGGAAGCAUUAGAAAUAUAUGAACAUAAUUGGGCAUUGCAGGGUGUCGAAGCGGAUCUUAUAGGAUCUCAAAGAACAGACACUAGUGAAAGUAGCAAAUAAAAGAAAUACAUUUCAUGUGCCAUUUUGGAGAAAUACUUGAACUUUUAAAUAAUUAUCAAAUAAAUUAAUAAUUUGAAUUAGCACAAUCAAUAAUAUAUUAUAGUUUCCUCUAAAGUACUGUUUCACAUCUCACUAGAAUAUUUUAAUUAUAUUUUCGCCACUUCUUAUGUUCUCCAUUGACUAUGUACAAAAGUUAUUUAUCUGAAUAACUUAGCACUUUAUUUUCACUUUAUUCUUCACUUUCAAGGUACAAAGGUAUUCAUAUUUAAUAUUCAUGGAUCAUUAUAUAGUAUGUACAAUAAGAUGUAUCAUAAUAAAUGUUUGUUUUAUACAUAUAUGUUACAAAAAUGUAACAAGGCUACAUUUUAAAUCCUUUAAUACAUGUUGUAUAUUACAAAGCUAUUACUGUAAUUGUUAAUUACUUUUUACAUCAUCAAUUGGGUACGAGCGGGCGCUCGUAUAAAAAGAUUAAAAGAAUAAAAAAAGACUAUUUGUAUUGUAUUCUACUCUUAAAAUCUUGAAAUAAAAAUUCCAACUAUU